UUUGCAGAUGCCACAGCUAUGGUAUGUUGGACUUCUGAUCACGGCCGGUGCUUUCACGUACGUCUCAGCAUGCACGUGCGCCGGUCCACAACCGACUGUGCAGCAGCAUUUCUGCAAUUCACAAUUUUCAAGUGUGUUUAAGAUAAAAAACAAUGGGACUGCAGUGCCUUCGGGUUCGGGAAGAGUGUAUGAAGUGGAGCGACUGCGCCAAUACAGAACUACUGAUCUGGAUAGUAAGCCUGAUGUGACUAAAUUGUAUACAACUUAUGUUGAUGGCUCCUUCUGUGGAGUUACUUUUGUUCCAGAGGCAUACUACCUUGUCACAGGGUAUUACAGAAAAGUUCCUGGCCAGGAAAUGACACAAAUGUGGACGAACUUUUGUAACUUCCAGAAGUACUAUGAGGAUAAUCCGUUGGAAACAUUUGUCGCUCCUCAAUGCAACACAACAAAACCAGAUAUCAAGACGGAUCAAGAACCUAUAUAAUUUUAAAUGGAAAUUGUCUUCUUCUGCUUUGGACGACAGCGAAAAACUGAACCUGGAAAAUCUGGGCAUAAUUGAUAUUCCUAACUGGAGAUUUAAAAACAGAAUAGAACUUUAUUGAAGGAUCUCAGAUUACAAAAUAUCGUUUUGCAAUAACAUAUACACAAAACAUUUACAUAUAUACAAGAAAUCAUACAUACGAGGUUUGAUGGAACAUACAUUAUCUGUUUAUUGAAUGUUUCUUUUUUGUGACUAAUAAAAAUAACGAAAGUUUUAAUAAGUUCAAGCUGAGGUUUGUAAUUCUAACUGAAUACUGACAGUUUUAAGGUUGUAGACCUGUAAUGGCUCUCGGCAAUUUCCGUAUGAUACAAUCCAGCAUUCUUUGAAAGUAAAUGGAAUUGAACGCGCACGCGACUUUCCGUUAAAUCAGUAGAAUGCCGAAAUUACGUAUUUUUCGAUUCUCAUAAAGGUAUCACCACCUUAAUAUGACUUUGCCUCAGACUUUACCGGACAAAAAUAAAUUGUUCAGAUAUUCUGCAAAUUUUAUUAUAGGUUUUAGAUUCAAAAAAUAUUUUUUUUAUGAAAUAAAUGAUUGAGAUGGAAUUUUAGACGAAAACAAUUGUUAUUAUUUUUAUAUAUAUGGAUAACAGAA